AUCAAUGCAUUGGACGCCAUUUGCAAAUUUGAAGGCGAUCGGGAUAGAGCCAGAUUUGAUAAAGCAAUGGAGGUUUAUCAAGAAAAUUUCAAGGAUAACUAUAACUACACAGGAGGAGACAUAUCCUUCCACCAGCAGUAUGACUACAGUGCUGCCUACAAAGAUGAUUUCUAUGAUGAAGAAUAUGGUUAUGAGGAAGGAGAAUGUGGCUCAUCUUAUGAAAAUUAUGAAGAGCCAAAACAAGAGCCACCUGAACCUAAUCAUAUAAGAGAUCGUGACCGAGAGAGGGACAGAUCUCGCCGAAGACACAGGGAUCGACAUAGAGACCGAAGACAUGAUCAUGAAUAUGAAAAGGACAGGAGUAGGAAUCGUGAUAGAGACAGAGAUCGAGAUCGCAGUAGGGAUAGUGACUAUGAUAGGAGGAGGGAUCGUGACAGACGAGAUAGAGACCGAGAUAGAAGCUCUCAUAGAAGUGGCAGUGAACAUGAAGACAGAUUUGAUGAUAAUGAUAAGGAAGGGUCUAUGGAUAGAAGAGAUGGUUAUGAUAAGAGAGAUUCUAGAGACAGAGACCGAGCUGACAGAGAAGAUCGAGGUGGCGAGAAGUGGAUGACAGACACACCUACUAACACAAUUCUUCUUAGGGGACUGCCAAUUAUCAUAGAGGAGAAAGAUAUUCGAGCAGAAUUGAUGCUGUUUGGGCUUCCCAUCAAGGAUGUGCGGCUCAUGAGGAAAAGUACAGGUGCAUCCCGCGGGUUUGCUUUUGUGGAGUUUCAGAGUAUAGGAGACGCACAACGCUGGAUGGACCAGAAUCAGGGCCAGCUGACUCUGCAAAACCAGUACAAUGCCACCAUGCACUACAGCACACCCAAGGCAGGGCCUGAAAAGGGACCCAUACACAAGACCGACUGGACAUGUAGCAAGUGCGGCGUCCAUAAUUUCAAGAGAAGGGACCACUGUUUCAAGUGCAAUCUUUCACGUGAAGAGUCAGACCGAAAACAAGAAGGAGAUGGUUUUGACCAGGUUGGAACAAACCCUUGCAAUACUCUGGUUCUGCGUGGACUUGAUGCUUUGACAACAGAGGACAACCUUAUCCAGGCUCUGGGCCAGGUCACGUCAUCGGUCAUGAAGAACUGUCAGGUGCUGCGAGAUGAACUGACAAACACAUCAAGGGGCUAUGGUUUCUUAGAGCUGGCUUCGGUCAUGGAAUCUCAGCAACUCCUCGACACCCUCACACAACUCCAUCCUCCAUUUGAAGUGGAUGGCAAACAGAUAUUAGUUAGCUUUGCUAAGAACACAUUUUCUACUGUAAUGGCAACAUUAAAGGCAAGCUAUCCAGCAGAUCAGACGAGUUGGGACUACACUCAACAAUCAUCAGGGGGACAGCCAGCCGCUGGAGCUACAGGAACAAAUCCGCCCGGUUUCUAUGAUGGACAGUACUUUCAGGGUACAGAAUAUGAUGCAGCCACAUAUGCUCAGUACUAUGGAGAGGGCUAUGACUAUUCACAGUACUAUGGUCAAGGCUACUCACAGGAGCAGUCUGCUUCCACCACAGCUUCCACUAGUACUAACCCUACACAGACAGACACCACUAAUGCUGCAGCAGCUGUAGCUCAGGCUGCCAUCCAGCAACGCAAUGCUGUCAAGCAAUACCAGAAACAGGUACGUGAGCAGCAAAAACUAGCAGAUAUGACUGCAGAGGAACGAUUAGCUUGUCGGGCUGAGGAGUGGAAGAAGCAGCCAAAACCUGGACAGGCCCAGCCAACAGCUCCAGUUGUCCAAACACCACCUGCACCUCAAGUCCAGUCGGAGUUCUCAGUGUACCCGGCCCCUGAUGUGUCAACAUAUACAUAUGACGAGUCCUCAGGCUACUACUAUGAUUCUGUCACUGGCCUCUACUAUGAUGCAAAUUCUCAGUACUUCUACAACUCCCAGACUGCACAGUUCCUGUACUGGGAUGCAGAAAAAUCCACCUACCUCCCAGCCCCUACAGGGGAUGACAGCACAUCAAGGGAGGAAGGUACGGAGAAGGGAGGCAAGAAAGACAAGGAGAAGAAGGAGAAAGUCAAGAUAGCGAAGAGGAUUGCUAAGGAUAUGGAAAAAUGGGCAAAGACAUUGAAUGCCCAGAAAGAGGCAAUCAAGGGCUUUAGUUCAAAGACAGCAAUGGGGAACUCUAGAUUUGAAAAGGAAUCUGCUACAGCAGAUGCAGGAUUUGCCAUUUUGGAGAAAAGUGCAAAGGGCAGUCUUGAAGACAAGAAGAUGAUGCCUCCACCACCUGCUGACAAAGCAAGUGUUGGCCCUGCAGCUGGUGCCAUACUUGUGGCAUCCUAUGGUGGAGACAGUGACUCUGAUGAGGAGGAUCCCACAGCAACAGGAGGGACUGGCCCAGUUGAUGAGAGUAAGCUGACUGACUGGUCUAAGCUAGCUUGUCUUCUGUGUAAACGACAGUUUCAGACCCGAGAGAUUCUCAUCAAACAUCAACAGAUGUCUGACUUACACAAGCAAAAUCUGGAGGCUUUACAUAAAACAAGAAAUCAGAAUGCUUCUACUACAGAACAAGAAAAGCUACAGUAUCGAGAUAGAGCGAAGGAGAGACGUCAGAAGUACGGAAUACCUCCCCCUCCUGAACCCAAGAUGAAACGUCCAGAUAUACCCAUCAUACCAGAACAGCCAACCAAGACAGGCAUUGGCCAGGAUAAUAUUGGCAACAAGCUUCUUCAGAAGAUGGGAUGGUCAUCUGGUCAGGGUCUCGGCAAGAAAGGGCAGGGCAUAGUCAAUCCUAUAGAGGCUAAGCGACGCAUGCAAACAGCUGGUUUGGGCAUGAGAGGAUCAACUUACGGAGCUAAUGCUUCUGACACAUACAAGGAUGCUGUGAAAAAGACCAUGUUUGCUCGUUACCAGGAAACGGAAUGAUGUUAAGGCAAAUUAGACUGCCUAUGAUAAUUGUUACAACACCAGACUCUUCAACAAGGAUUACUCAAGACUGCUGCCAAGUCUAACAUCAAGUUUGAUAAAUCAAACCCGUCCCAUUGUGUGGAGACGCCCAAACUAUGAGGACUGGAUUAUAGAACAAUACCUAAUUGGUCAGUAUGUACCUAUGGUACACUAUCAUUGGGUUUGUCAUGUAUAGAUCCUUGUGAUGUUCUGGAGAGCACUUACCCUAGAGUGCAAGAGUGGGCGGACACCAGUAGCAUGUCUGCUACAUACGGUGAGCACAGAUACUGUGCUGAACAGGUCCCAGCUUACCGAGGCAUCAACCAUCUGAGAAGGUUGUGAACCAAACACUGCACCUUCAGGAGCCAAGUGUGCUCAAUAGUUCUGGACAGUUGUCAGGAUUAAUGUUUAUAGAGAUUUACAUUUAUUGCCAUGACAAAGACAGGUCACACAUGCUCAAAAGAUAUCUUGGAUUUUGACUAUGGUCUUUACCUCGUACACAGGCCAGUCAUGAUUAUCAUGUUAUUUUCUAUUAAUUUGUGUGAAAGAAAGUGUUGAAAUGUUAGGUUUAAAUCCUUAUAACAUCUGCUGUAUCUAUGCAUUUAACUGUUAUUAUAAAACACCAAUCAUGAAAGGUUUAACUAAGUAUGUUCAAUUGAUGAAAUUCAAUAAUUGCAACUUUUAAAAAGACGGCACUAGUGGUCUGAGCUAUGACUGUGUGACUAUCAAUGUCUGAUCCUAUGAUGGGAAACGUAUCCCACUAGUGGUCUGAGCUAUGACUGUGUGACUAUCAAUGUCUGAUCCUAUGAUGGGAAACACAUCCCACUAGUGGUCUGAGCUAUGACUGUGUGACUAUCAAUGUCUGAUCCUAUGAUGGGAAACACAUCCCACUAGUGGUCUGAGCUAUGACUGUGUGACUAUCAAUGUCUGAUCCUAUGAUGGGAAACACAUCCCACUAGUGGUCUGAGCUAUGACUGUGUGACUAUAAAUGUCUGAUCUUAUGAUGGGAAACACAUCCCACUAGGGGUCCGAGCUAUGACUGUGUGACUAUGAAUGUCUGAUCUUAUAAUGGUAAACACAUCCCACUAGUGGUCUGAGCUAUGACUGUGUGACUAUGAAUGUCUGAUCCUAUGAUGGGAAACACUCUGUAGUGGUCUGAGCUAUGACUGUGUGACUAUAAAUUUCUGACUAUGAUGGGAAACACAUCCCCCCAUAGUGGCCUGCUGGUUUAUGAAUUAAAUCUUUUACCUCCGACACCCCCUCAGUGAUUUUUGACCCGUGUGACACAGAUUUUCCUGUACAGUGUGGAAGGUUCUCUGUUCUGUGUGAAGACUUCGAUACCUGUGAUAUUUAUUUGUAAUGUGUACUUUUUACCAUAAUAAUGGUGAUACCUGAAUGUUUUAAAGCAUGGUUUAUCAAUGAUCAUUGAUGUAGAAAUCUCCAUUGAAGUACUGUGUAUUUCUAAUAAAACUGCUGAAUAAAGCA